GCUCACCCUGCAGCGAGCUGCUGCCCAGUGGAGCGGAUGGGCCACCCCUAUAAAUGGGAGCUCCCAGCAGCAUUCCCCACCUCAGCCCCACACAGCACUCCUUCGCUGCCCUUCCAGCCCCAAAACCCAGCAUGAGGAGCACGCUGUUGGCCCUGGCUGCGCUCUGCCUGCUGGCUGUGCUGCACAGAGCCGAAGGGGAGGGCAAUGCUGUGAAGCUCUGCGGGAGAGACUUUGUCAGAGCCAUCGUCUUCACCUGUGGCGGCUCCCGGUGGAAGAGGGAUCUGGCUAAUUACCAGUACCUGUUUGAGAGCAGCGAGAGCUCCCUGUCCUCGUCCCAGGAGAGCGGCGGUUCCUGGGAGCCCUCCCCAUUCGCAGCACAGGGGCUGGGGGCUGCUGAUGAGCAGAGCCAGGAGGACAGAGCCCAGGAGGAGCGCGACGUGAAGCGCAGCAGGAAGGUGGCCGUGCUCAAGAAGCGCGAGGUGGCCAAACUGCUCACCACGUCCUGCUGCAGCGUCGGCUGCAGUGAGAGGGACAUCAGCCUGCUGUGCUAACACAGCCGCUGCUGGGCAGGUCGGAGGCCGUUGCUUGAAGGUAUUAAAACAAUCAUGACAUAAA